AUGCCUAAACGUGGAGGUGGAGGAGGACGUAUGAGAAACUGGAAAGCGGAUAAUGAACAUUUUGAACAUGACGAUCGUGCCCACAACCCCAGACGAGUGAGCUUUAAACCAGGCACUAAUAAAGGGAAGAAUAAAUUUAAUUCCUGGAAGAACAAUACCAAGUUUCUUCUUGAUGAUGAUGUUGAUAUGGGUGCAUCAGGAGGCCAAGGGAUAAGGAAGCCUUUCAGAGGUCGUGGAAGUCGACUUGGUUCUCCAGCACCAAGAUCUGGUCAUGGCAUUGACAGGAAAAUUGUCAUGUCAGAUGGCUUCAAGUUGGUAGUAAUAGUGAGAAAUACAGUUCCUAAUGUAAAUGUGGAUGCAGACAUGAAAGAAAAAAUGAAAUUAGUAAUGGCAAAGAGAUAUAAUGCUGCUACUAAGGCUUUGGACUUGACUAAAUUUCAUGCAGAUCCUGACUUGGCGGAGAUAUUUUGUGCUCUAUUUCGUCCUGUUAUCAUGCUUGCUGCUAUUGAUAUAAUUGCAGAGAACAUUCCAGAUCUUGAAGCUUUGAACCUUAAUGAUAAUAAACUUCAUGGAUUAGAGCACCUGAAGAUACUGUCAACCAAGUUGAAAUUUUUAAAGAUUUUGUAUCUAGGAGACAAUAGGAUUCCCUUCCUUGGAUCACUGGACCCGUUGAAAUCUCUUCCACUUGUGGAGUUAUAUCUCAAAGGAAAUCCGUUGCAGAACAGGUUUAAUGAUCACGAUAUUUAUAUCAGCGACGUGCGGAAGAAGUUCCCAAAGCUCGUGCGCCUGGACGGAGCGGAACUGCCCCCUGCGAUUGGGUUCGACGUGACAGAAGAUGUUAAUUUGCCGCCGCGUCAGCAGUCGUUCCUCAUCGACCCGGCUGGUCAGGACCUCGUGAGGGAGUUCCUCACGCAGUACUUUGCGAUUUUCGAUUCAGAGUCCAGACAGUCACUGUUGGAGGCGUACCACGAACACGCAACUAUGUCGAUGGCCGCAAAUUACCUUACCAACGACAAUAGGAACUCUCCAACUACAAGAUUGAACCAAUACAUAUCGAACAGCCGCAAUAUAAUCCGCAUCACGGAACGGGAAUCGAGACGGAGAUACUUACGCUCGGGUAAACUUCAAGUCGUCUCUUUCCUGUCGGACUUGCCCAAAACAACACACGAUUUGAUGGGUUUUGCUGUGGACUUGCUAGUUUUCACCCCUACAAUGAUAGUACUGACCAUGAAUGGUCUAUACAAGGAAACAACCACUGCAGGAACUCCAACACGAUCAUUCCAUCGGACCUUCGUUAUAGUGCCCAACACAGGUGGUGGUUUCUCCAUCAUCAAUGACAUGCUAUAUGUUACCAACACUUCGAAAGAGCAGGAAGAAAUUGCCUUCAAAACGGGAAUGCCAGAUAUGUCAGGUCCUGCAUCUGCAUCAGUUACUUCAGCAACAGCAUCCACGUCUGCCUCUUUCACCAAUGAUCAACAAAAGAUGCUGAUAAGCACUCUUGGUCAGCAAACUGGCAUGAAUGAUCACUGGAGUUUCAAUUGUUUACAAGAGACAGGCUGGGACCUCCAACGUGCUAUGUUUAUCUUCAACCAGCUCCAAUCGGAGGGCAAAAUUCCGCCUGAAGCAUUUAUUAAG